AUGCCUUCUGAAAAGACAGGAUUUGUCACCAUACAGGAACCCGAUUCCCGCUCGGAUCUAUCACAGAGACUAAACCUCAGUGAACCCGAUCAAGCAUACAACUUUCUCGUCCAUGUCAAUGCAGCCGACGAUGCGGCUGCUCAGGUUGACCUCAAAAGGUUGCGCCGCAAGAUCGACUGGUACAUUGUGCCGAUAAUGUUCCUAUGCUACACAAUGCAAUUCAUUGAUAAGGUUUCGUUGAACUAUGCUGCUGUUAUGGGAUUGGCAAAAGAUCUCAAGCUACAAGGCAACGACUUUACCAAUGCAGCAACAUCCUUCUUCAUCGCUUACCUCGUAGCUGAAGUGCCCAAUGGUUACAUCCUCAACAAGGUUCCCGCAGGGAAAUGGCUUGGAGCCAACGUCGUUCUAUGGGGUAUCGCAACAGCAUGUACGGCAGCAGCACAUAACUACAGAUCACUUCUAGCUGCACGCAUCUUCCUUGGCAUCUUUGAGGCUGCCAUUGCACCCAGCUUGAUGCUUAUCAGCAGCCAGUACUACACCAAAUCAGAGCAAGCUCCAAGGUUCAGCUUCUGGUAUUGUGGUCUCGGCAUUGGCCAGAUAUUAGGGGGUGCCGUCAGUUAUGGCUUUCAGCAGGUUAAAAACCCCUCCUUCCAGGGCUGGAAAGCCAUGUUUGUGCUCCUUGGUGUUGUCACUAUCGUCAUCGGCAUUGCUACAGCUUUCCUCAUUCCAGAUAGUCCAAUGACAGCACGUUUCCUCUCGGAGACAGAAAAGGCUGCUCUUCUGCGACACGUCUCGGUCAACAAGACUGGCGUCGUAAACAAGCACUUCAAACCCAAGCAUGUGCUUGAGGCAUUGAUGGACAUUCAACUGUGGCUCAUGAUGUUGAUCACGAUACUGGUAUCCAUCUCCUCCGGAAUCAUCACAACCUACAGUGCGACGCUCAUCAGGAAUAUCGGCUACGCCCCACCCAGAGCUGCUCUCCUCAAUAUGCCUAGUGGUAUCAUCUCAAUAUUCUCUACACUAAUGGUUGGCUAUGGUGUUCGUUACCUGCCCUCAGGUCAUCGCUGGGCAUGGAUCGUCGUUUGCUGUGUUCCUGGUAUUCUAGGCGGUGCUCUCAUGUCAUUCCUUCCAUCCGGCAAAACCAACGCAAACAAGGCUGGCUUGUUAGCCGGAAUCUACCUCAUCAACUUUGUUGUCCCCAUUCUGGUUAUCAUCUACCAGUGGAUAGCAAGCAAUAUUGCCGGCUCAACAAAACGCGUCGUAAGCAUGGCGUUGAUCAGCGGCGCUUUUAGUGUUGGAAAUAUCGUUGGCCCGCAAACAUUUCAAGCAAAGGACGCGCCGCAGUUCAUUCCUGCAAAGAUUACUGUGCUUGCCACUCAGGCGGCAGGUGCUGCGGUUUCAGUUGUGCUGUUUGGCUACUACAGAUAUGCAAAUGCUCAGAAGGAGAAGAGAGAGGCCGCUACGGGCGCCCACGAUAUCAGCGUUGACACUACUAGUUGGUCGAACCAGACUGACAAGGAAAACGUCAAGUUUAGGUAUGUUUACUGA